AUGGCAUCCGAUGAUCCACCAAAGUAUGGGCUGAUCCUGAGGAAAAGCAGGAAAGAUACAAUUCGUGUCAAGCCAUCAGUCUUCGAAGACUCUGAAGAAGAACAGUUGGACGAGAAGACCUCCAAACAGCGUCAGGAUUUCAGCCAGCGGGUCAAGCAACAAGUAUCCGCUCAGAUAGAAAAAGCAUUAGCUGAAGAUCCUACCACAUUUCAGUAUGACGAAGUGUACGAAACCAUGACCAAGGAGCGAAAGGACAAAAAGCAAGUUGCACAGAACGAAAAAUCUAAGGAGCCCAAAUAUGCGCUGAAUCUCAUACGAGCUGCAGUGAAGCGGCAGUUGGAAAACGAAGUGCGUGAAGAACGGAAGCAGGCGAAAGAGCGUUUAAACGAGGGUGAUGAAUUUGAUGAUAAAGAGGUUUUCGUGACGUCGGCAUAUCGAAAACGUCUUGAGGAACUGCGGACGUUUCGAGCUGAACUGGAAUCAAAGGACCGAAUCGAUGAGAUAACCGAUGUUACGAAACAAAAAGACUUGUCAGGAUUUUAUCGCAAGCUUCUCCACGAAAUCGCAGAUCCCCUGUCGUCCAAAACUGGCCCUCUUCCAUCAGCCGCUGUCGAUGAGGUACAGCCUUGUUCUUCUGUUAAAACUGAAGACUCCGUUGUCGAGGAAAAUGCUGUUCCAGCUGUGAAUGAACUAGGCUCUAAAGAUUCUCAGCAGAAACCUGAGCUGUUGACGAAGGAUCAGCAUCGUGUUUCUGCUCGCGUUGCCGCUGAAAGUUCUGACGAAGAAGUAGACGAAGAAUUGAAGAAAUUGGUCAAGUCACAUUCACAGAAGGAAAAGAGGCCAAAAGAGAGCGCUUCAGAACGACACAGAAGAUUUUUCACGCCUAGUCCUCCACCUCAGCUACAAGAAUCUAGAAGGAAAGAACGGCGACAUUCGCCUUCUCCUCCACGUUCUUCCUCUUCCAAACAUCGGCGCCACACACGUGAGAAGUCCCCCAGGUCCUUCUCCCGUGUGGAUCACAAUUUGCAUCCACCUGAGGAAGGUUUGGACCGGAAGUCACCUGCAAAGAUUAAAGUUGAGGAUGGUCAUUCUGAUAGUGACCAGAAGAAGAAACUGAUAAGAAACGAGGUGUUGGGAACGGUGGAUCCCGUUUUGUUGAAGAAACAGCGUCUUCAAAAGCUUCGUGAAAUUUUCUCUCACCGUAACGAUGCUAUCGCUAUCGAAGCAUAUAAACAGCGCUACCUCGAGCGAAAACGAUUACGUGAAAGCCAGUUUCCCAAGACGAUGGUGUAA